AUGGACGUGCAAGCGAAGGCCUCAACUGCGGGGCAGUUCGGCGAUGCCUGCCAGGCUUUGAAAGAAGAUCUCCUGCAGGAGUGGCAAGCCUUCCGCGCAGAAGUGCUUGGCGAGGUCAUGCAGCUGAUCCAGGGGCUGGAGGGCAAGGCUCGUUCGAACCGCCCUGAGUGGGAUAGCCUGGCAAGCCAUGAUGGGAAGGGCAUCAGCCUGGCGGGUGCUGUUGCAAAGUUUCCUUUGCCGAAGCGCCAGCCUAACAUCGCAGGCGUCGUGAUCGCAGAGGAAAUCGAAGUUGACACUCGUGGCGUCGCGUACGUAUUUGACAUUGAGCGCGAGUACGAGCAGAUUGCCCCGGCCGAGGACUUCCCAUGCACACCCCGAAGGCACAGCAAAGCACAGGACGACCUCAAAACUCCUGAGAAGUUGGCGAAACCUCCAAGAAGUGCAAGCCUGGCCGCAAGCUUCAGAUUCAAAGAGGUCACGGCUUUCAGUUCCGUGCUGACAGGCGCAGAGGUUGAAGAGAAGACCUUUGCACCGACGAGUCAUGCAGAGAGGCAGCAGCGACGUCGGCGCCAGGCCAGGCUUCACAUGUACCAGAUGGAUGCUGACGAUGACGAGGCAUCGAAUGCUGGUUCUUCGCUUGAAGACCAAUUCGAAGCAAGCUGGGCCGAGGCCGAGGCCGCUGCCGUGAUUGGCAAGCAGCAUGCGGUGAAUGGAGACGACAUUCAGGCUGGAAUGCCAUUCGUUCCUCCAGUAGAGGCGAUUGACGUUUCGACGGCGCUAGGUCUUGAAGAGACACAGCCUGUGCGGGGUGUGCGCCAGGUUCGCGAGUACGAAGUGCUCGUGGAGGAGGCACUAUCGAAAGGAGGAAGGCAGCUGUGCGUCGUUCUGCGGCAUCUGUCGGGGUUGCCUGUGCUUGAGAUGCUUCAGGUGCACGACAUCUUACGGCUUCAUGCCGUGUCUGCGGCAGCUGUGGAUCAUCAGGUGCUUGCGCAUCACCUUGCGCAAAGUGCAGAGCUCUCGAGGCCAUCCUCACUGUUCGAAGUAUGGGAAGCGCUUCAAGGGUCGCCAGUGGGUCUGCGACCUGCGCCGUUUGCAAAUCGCGUUUCCUGGCCUCGUUGUCGGGACGAAAUACUCGCUACCUUCGCGAACACUCCGUUGCUGCAGAAGCGCUACUGGUGUUUCCAGUGGUGCAUGGCCCAGACACGGACGAACCGGCGUCCGUGGAACAACUCUGCUCGCGAACAUGCGUUGCUUGCAGUGGAGGGCCUGCGAAGCAUUUUCUGCGAGUUAUUCCAGGCUGAUCACUCCACUAUUGACUUUUUGGUGUUGCUGGCGCGCAACGGAUGCGAGGAGGUCCGGCGCCUGGUCGCGCCUGUCGGCCCGGCACUGUUGCAGCACAUGCUGUCCGAACGGGUCCUACAUCCGGCGGUCACUUUGGAAGCUCGGGACAUGGCAGCCGCUUGCCAUCAUGUCCUGGAGAUCUCGGAAAGAAAAGCUUGGGUUGGACUGGCGGUGGAUUUCUUUCUCCUCGCAGCAGAUGAACAGGAUGGAGAUGCGAUGGACUUUGCAGUUCACAUGUUGGAGCUUUUAUGCGGCGACAUCACGCCGGCAGAAGCCCGAACCUGCUUCCACAGCGAAGUUCUCAAGAUGGAUGUUUUUGUGCAAGAUCUAAAGACGGGCACGCGCCAAGCUCCACCAAGCAAGGUUCAGUGGUUCUUGCACUUGUAUACUUGA